UUUUUCAACAAAUAUGCCUCUACCGAAACAUAAAGCUGCUGACGCAAAAAAGGUUGAAACUGAAAGACUUCAAGGUUUUCUGCAGGAGUUGCUUCGCGAAGAAGAAAACAAAUAUUGUGCCGAUUGUGAACAAAAACAGCCUCGUUGGGCUUCUUGGAAUCUCGGUGUAUUUUUGUGCAUUCGUUGUGCUGGAUUACACAGAAAUUUGGGUGUUCACAUUUCGAAGGUUAAAUCGGUGACUUUAGAUUCUUGGACAUCUGAACAGGUUCAGAGUAUGCGAGUUAUGGGAAAUGCAAAGGCUCGUGCUGUAUAUGAAAAUGAAUUGCCUCCGCUAUUUCGACGUCCUCAGACUGAUCAAUCUUUGGAGCAAUUUAUUCGGGCAAAAUAUGAGGCAAAAAGAUACAUAAUGAAAGGAUGGAUCCAUCCACCUGUUGAUAUUGCCGAUCUACCUACAUAUCCAGGAUCAAUGGUACGCGACAAAAAAGUUGUUGCAACUUUUUCGACUGUUCCAAAAAGUACUUCAACAACAUCUAAACAAUCAAGUCAAGAUUCUAAUUCUCAAUCAGACCAUGUUCAGACUGAAAUUCCGCAAUUAAUUGAUUUCGUUUCUUCGCCAAAGAGUGGACAUUUUUCUUUGAAUCAAACAGGAAUGAAGAGAGAUUCCAACAGUAUUGACGAUUUGUUUGGUCCAAUUGUUUCGGCAGCUCCAAAUAUUCAAAAUCAACAACAAAGUCAAUUGUUCGCUCCUCAGCCUCCUAAUUUACCGUUUUCUCAAUCUUCUCCAAAUUUCAAUAAUGCCAACAAUGAUAUGUUCUCUAGAGUAUUUUCUGGAACGGAACAAGUAAAUGUUGGAACUGAGCAGAGAAGGACUAGCAGUCCCGACUUUAAUAAAAUUCCAAAUAAUUCUUUGAAUGCUGUAAAUUCUCAAGUCGAAUCACAAAAUUCUAUUGGAUUGGAUUUACAAGGAAUAGACUUUAAUCUUUGCUCAGUUGCUGGCACUGAAAAUCAGGUCACCUCUCAAGGGAGUGCAACAGAUUCUACAACGUUUUCGUCUAUUCCUGCUGCUUCUGAUGCAAAAAAAUCAACUAGUGAGAUAUUGGCUCUUUUCAAUAAAUAA